UCGGCCCCGGGAGAGUCUGCGGAAGACUGUGUCAGUGCGGGGAGGCCUCUGGGAGAGGGGCAACAGGAGGGAAGACAGAGCCAUGGCCAGGAGCUGGCUGCCAGCCCAGGAGGAGGAGUCUGUGACAUUCAGGGAUGUGGCCGUGUUCUUCAGCCAGGACGAGUGGUCGCACCUGGACUCUGCUGAGAGGACCUUGUACCGGGAGGUGAUGCUGGACAACUACAGAACCCUGGCCUCCCUGGGGAUUGUGUUUUCCAAGCCAAAAGUCAUCUCCCAGUUGGAGCUAGGGGAGGACCCCUGGAUGGUGGAAAAUGGGAUUCCUCAAAGUCCACUUCUGGGAUGGGAGAGCUUGUUUGAAACCACAGUCUCUGAAGAAGAAAAUCAAGAAGUCAUGAAAAAACUCAUAGUUGAUGGUGCUUUUGAUUUCAAGUUAGGAAAAACCUACAUAAAUGAGCACAAGUCAGAGAAGCAACAAGGCAAAAAGAAACUCUUCAGGAAAGUAUUAGUUACUAUCAAGAAGGUCUACAUCAAGGAGAGGAGCUUUAAAGGUAUUGAACUUGGGAAAAAUCUUGGUCUAAAACCAUCCCUUAUUAGAAAGCCCAGAAUUGUUUCUAGAGGAAGGAAACCCCGUUCCCAGCAGUACUCAAUUCUCUUUAAACAACUGGGGGUCAACACUGUGCGUAAAUGCUACAAGUGUAGUGUCUGUGGAAAGAUCUUUCUUCACAGCUCUUCCCUGAGUAAGCAUCAGAGGAUCCAUACAGGAGAGAAGCUCUAUAAAUGCAGGGAAUGUAGGAAAGCGUUCAGCCAAAGCUCCUCCCUCACCCAGCACCUACGCGUCCACACUGGAGAGAAGCCCUACAUAUGUCAUGAGUGUGGGAAAGCCUUCAGUUUCACCACAUCUCUCAUUGGACACCAGAGAAUGCACACUGGAGAGAGACCCUAUAAGUGCAAAGAAUGUGGAAAAACAUUUAAAGGUAGCUCAUCCCUUAACAACCACCAGCGAAUCCACACCGGAGAAAAGCCGUACAAGUGCAGCGAGUGUGGGCGGGCCUUCAGCCAGUGCUCCUCCCUCAUCCAGCACCAUCGGAUUCAUACCGGGGAGAAACCCUACGAGUGCGGUCAGUGUGGAAAGGCCUUUACUUCCAUCUCACGGCUGAGCAGACACCACCGGAUUCACACUGGAGAGAAGCCUUUUCACUGUAAUGAGUGUGGGAAAGUUUUCAGUUACCAUUCAGCCCUCAUCAUCCAUCAGAGAAUUCACACCGGUGAGAAGCCGUAUGCUUGUAAAGAGUGUGGUAAAGCCUUUAGCCAAAGCUCAGCUCUUCUCCAGCAUCAGCGGAUUCACACUGGAGAGAAACCCUACAAGUGCAAUGAAUGUGGAAAAGCCUUCUCCUGGGUUUCACGGCUUAAUAUACAUCACAGGAUCCACACCGGAGAGAAACCUUAUCAUUGUAAGGAAUGUGGAAAAGCCUUCAGUUCCCACUCAGGAGUUAAUACUCAUCGAAAAAUUCACACUGGAGAGAAACCUUAUAAAUGUAAUGACUGUGAAAAAGCAUUCAACCAAAGCUCAGCACUGAUUCAGCACCAGAGAAUUCACACUGGAGAGAAACCCUAUAACUGUAAGGUCUGUGGGAAAGCCUUCCGACAGAGCUCAUCCCUCGUGACCCACGUGAGGGUCCACACAGGAGAAAAGCCUUACAAGUGCAGGGCGUGUGGGAAAGCCUUCAGCCAGAGCUCCUCUCUGACCAACCACCAGAGGACUCACAACUGAGAGGCUCAGCAUUAGGAACACUCAGGUGGGAACCUCCAACUGAGGUGUGCUCCACAGUGACCAUGAAAGAGCUAAUCCUGGGGGGAGUGUGAGGAGAGGUGAAGGCAGACGUCAUCCACCGACAGAGACUCAGGAUGCAGGGUAACUGGAGUAUUAGGAAAGCUUCUGGAAGAUGCUCACUUGUAUUUCCUUAAGUUAUUACUGUAAGUGUGUUCGAUUGUGGGGGGUGAUAUAAUUUUAUUUUAUUUCUAGCAAUGUGUGGUAACAGCCAUCAGCUUUCAUGAGCGUCACUGGAAACCCUACUGGUUUAUGUGAAAAUGCAGCCAUAAAAUCCAGACUUCAGAUAAAUCUAGCAAUCUAUUUUUUUGAAACUGUAUUUAAAUGUUAUGCAAGCCAGUUGUCCUAGGAAGAUGUUUUGGAAAAGAGAUGUAGG